UUUUCUUCGUUUUUAUCUUUAUAUUUUACAAAAUAUAUCCAUACAUAAUAUAUUUUAUAUAUUCAUUUAAAAACAAGCAUAUUAUUUAUUUACACAUGUAUAUUUUUUACACACACAUACACUGCCUCCUGGCAAGAACAUUUCAGUUCCCAAGUAAAAUUUUAAUAAUGAUAAAAGUGAACACAGAGCAAGUGGUUAGAGCCCGAAUGUCUUACUGACACCCUGACCUCCGUCCAGUUUGUCGGGCAUUGUGGUGCACUGACUUUACUCUGUGUGUGUGUGGAAUGUCUUCCUCCAAGCUCUCAUGGUGCCUUUCCAUUGCCUGCUCCAUAACCUCCUUUAAGACGUGGAGUCUGAGCCCCUCAAGCCAGUAGAAGAUAAACGUGAGACUUGAGAACAUACGGCAUGCAACCCUUAGCGCAAAACCUGUCCAAUAAGUUACGUAACUCUUUUAGUUACUCCAAAGACGUUUCCUUAAGACGGGUGACUGGAAAAUCAAGGCGGGAACUCAAGCUGACUGGACGGGAAGGAAGAGGAUUUGACAACCUGACCUCUGUUCACCUCGCACGACACACUCCUACAGGAACACUGGUCACUGUAAAAAUCACCAACCUGGAAAACUGCUCUGAGGAACGCCUGAAAGCUUUACAGAGAGCGGUGGUUCUGUCUCACUUUUUCCAACACCCCAAUAUCACAACGUACUGGACAGUGUUCACCGUGGGCAGCUGGCUUUGGGUGGUUUCUCCAUUCAUGUCCUAUGGCUCGGCAAGUCAGCUCCUGAAGACGUGCUUCCCGGAAGGGAUGAGCGAGGCCUUGAUACGGAACAUUCUCUUUGGAGCAGUGCGGGGGUUGAGCUACCUGCACCAGAGCGGCUGUAUCCACAGGAGUUUUAAAGCCAGCCAUAUCCUCAUUUCUGGUGAUGGCCUGGUGACCCUCUCUGGCCUGUCCCAUCUGCAUAGUUUGGUUAAGCACGGACAGAGGCAUAGGGCUGUGUUUGAUUUCCCACAGUUCAGCACGUCAGUGCAGCCGUGGCUGAGCCCAGAGCUACUGAGACAGGAUUUACAUGGAUAUGACGUGAAGUCGGAUAUUUACAGUGUUGGGAUCACAGCGUGUGAACUAGCCAGUGGGCAGGUACCUUUCCAGGACAUGCACAGGACUCAGAUGCUGUUACAGAAACUGAAAGGUCCUCCGUAUAGCCCGCUGGACAUCGGUGGGUUUCCGCAGUCGGACUCCAGAAUGAGAAAUUCCCAGUCAGGGGUAGACUCCGGGAUCGGAGAGAGCGUGCUGGUCUCGACCGGAACUCACACAGUCAACAGUGACCGGCUCCACACGCCAGCCACGAAAACGUUCUCUCCAGCCUUCUUUAGCAUGGUGCAGCUGUGCUUACAACAAGACCCUGAGAAAAGGCCAUCAGCAAGCGGUUUGCUGUCCCAUGCAUUCUUCAAGCAGAUGAAAGAAGAGAGCCCGGACUCCAUCCUCUCGCUGCUGCCUCCUGCUUACCACAGGCCGUCCUUGGCACCGCCGCCGCCGCCAGCGUCACCGUGGAGUGAGCCGGACUGCGAGUUUCCCGAUGACACAGACCCAGACUGGGAAUUCUAGGGUCGCCACCUCAUGUCCUCUACACUUGACAGCUGCUCCUUGCUGCUUCUCUCCUGUCUUGCUGGGGACAAUGCCAGAUCUAUACUUGAAAACACCGUUGGUGCACUGGAGACUCGCCCGCUCUGUUCACGCAGCACGCGCAUCACCUCUGCUCAGAUCGGAGCGCCUUCACGGUCCUUCACCACCAGCUGUACCUGGUGUCAUCGUUCCUUCCUCUCUCUAAGCUGUGACGGGAACUUUCUGGAUCUCAGUGUGAUUUUUGAGCCAGCUAGUUUUCUUCUACCUUUUGCUGUCCUCUGGGGAAUGAACCCUUCCUCCAAGGAUGGUGCUUCCAAGAGCAUCCUUUCUUCAGACUCUCUAGCUUUUUUUUUUUUUUUUUAUUUUUGAGAAGGGAAACUAUUUGUGCUGUCCCUGUUACAUAUGGUGACAUCAAACUGAGCCUGGGCCUGGCUCCCAUUAAAUAGUCCACGUGAAACAUGAAGAGAAGACACCGUCUGCAUUUUGAAUGGGGUGGGGACUGAUGUACCACUUUUCUACCUGUGAAAAUUAUAGAUCCCAAAUUCAUGCACCCUGUGGGAGCUCAAUAAAGUUUAUUAAACCGAA